UUUGAUCCCCAUAGGGUUUGCCUCACAGCCCCUUUCCAACCCUCUUGGCUUAGCCGGCAGCUAGGUGCGCAGCCUUGCGCGCAGCCACGCCUCCUUUAAGAAGAUCGUCAUCUGUUUCUGGUCGUCGCCUGCCGCAAUCUCAGUUAUUAGUGAGCUGUGCGUCCACCUAGAUAAAGUUAAGUGUUUAGCUAUGAUGGCCUCUCAAGUAGUGCAGUAUCCGAGCAGUGGUGCCGCGACGACUACGGCGCAAACGCAUCAGAUGUCUCCGCUGAACCUCCUGGCAGCUUCGUGCAACCGUCUCUACCCGGCCUACUCGACGCACACGCAACUCUCCCCGGCCAGCACCACCUCCUGCAGCAGCGACGGAUACGCCCAAGUGUCUCUGGAAACCGCCAGGAGUCCAUUGGAAUAUUCCCCCCAUUACCAAAGUGCCUACGCCCACAAUUACAACACCUACUGGUUCCAACACUCUCCUCCUCCUGCAGACUUAGCCACGAGCGGAUACCAACCCCAACAAGGUACCAUGACGAUGAUGCAGCAGCAAACUUACUCCCAUCACUGGCCACAGACGAACUACAUCAGUCCUUUUCCGAAUAUUAAAAUGAUCAAGUCAGAAAUCGCAGAUUUUCCUUCGUACUCGACCAAAGCAAGGAGAUGCAUCAAGUGCCAGUGUCCGAAUUGCCUGAACGAGGAGAAUGGCUUGAAGAAACCGUCUUCGAAAAAAGUGCAUAUUUGUCAUUUCCCCGGCUGUGAUAAAGUUUACGGCAAAACGUCCCACCUCCAAGCUCACCUUAGGUGGCAUACCGGCGAAAGACCUUUCGUUUGUAAUUGGUUAUUCUGCGGGAAAAGGUUUACCAGAUCGGACGAGCUCCAGCGCCACCUCAGAACACACACAGGUGAGAAACGGUUUUGCUGCGCUGUCUGUUCCAAACGGUUUAUGCGUUCCGAUCAUCUGGCCAAACACGUCAAGACGCACAAGAAUACCAAAAAGGCGGAACUCUCGCCAAACGUAGAAGAGGAUGCGGCGACGAGGACGGAAGAUGAGGAACCGCCACGAACGAGGAGGCAGUCGAACGAUAAAAGUGCGUCGUACGCGCCCCAAUACAAUCCCCAAAUUUUCCCCCCAAAUCCGCAAAGUUAUUUAUCAGAAUAUGGGUGUAUUUAGCGCUAAGUAUGUAACGCGAUUUAGGGACCAAUUGUUGUAUAUAGGGAGCGUUUCAAAUAGGAAGAUUUUUUUUUAUUUUUGAUGUUUUUCGGUACCCGACUUUGGCGUUAAUUGUUCAGAUUUUUGAAAAAACGAUUUGAUUAGUAAUAGUCCAAAAUAAAGCAUCUUCUCUCAUUUUUCAGUCCACAUUAAAACGUUUUUCUUCAAUUUUUAGUUUCGAAAACAAAAAUAUACGAAGUGUGUUGGAAUUAUUUUUUGCAUUUAAAAAUUUAAAUCUUUUGAUUUUUCAAAUUUUCAAACUCAAAACUGCACUUUUUCACAAUUCUCUAGGCCGAUGGGGUCUAUUUCUUUUCGAUUUUUGAAAUUUGAAGAACAUUUUUUUAUUUAUUUUGAAUUAAUUUUGACAUUUAUUUUGUAUUUAAAAUUAUAAUUAACUAUUUUUAUACACAAGUUUUAAAGAUUAUUUCUUUUGUAAUUGAAUACUUGGAAAUAUAGUAAAAUUAAAUCAAAAUAAAUAAAGACGGCUUUAAAAUAACAAAAAUUGGUGUUUAUGAGGCAAAAAAUGUCAAUAUAGGUUUGUUUGUUUCCGUAGAUAAAGAGUGUCAAUUAUUCAUAAUGAUUUAUAAUUUUUCAAACAUCCUUAAAAAAAAACGAAAAAUAAUUUAGAUUGUUUGGGAAAUUGGAGAAAAUUUAUUCAAAACAAAUAAACAUGGUUGUAAUGUAACAAAAAUCACUGUUUAUAAUAUUUACUUUUAUUAUGCUAAUAAUAUACGGUGUCAAUUUAGACAAAAAUAUUCAAAAAUAUGGAAAAAUAUUGGUUCCUUAAAAAUUGUAGAAAAUAUAUAUCAAAACUUCAUGGAACGCUCCAAC